CGAGCCCAAGAAUGAAACUGAUUGCAUUACGGUGACAGCUCUGUGACUACUCACACUGCUUUAUUUGUCUGUCUCAGGUUUCAGGACUGAUCCUGCAUCCUGUAGUUGUCUUUCUCUACGUAGCAGAGUCAGCGUGGAUGGACAGAAAGCACAGCCGUGACAUGAGAAAGAAUCGACGCUGUUGCAUUGGAGUGACAAAGAGAGACUAGUAUCACAAUGAACAGCGGCCACCAGGAAACGCCACUGGACAUCCAGGAGACAGAGUCUGAGAGUCCCGCCGUGUCCAAACAGAGGAGGAUCAUCCACUUCUCCAGUGGUGAAACUCUGGAGGAGGAUGACAGCGAGGAGGAAGAGGAGCAGCCAUCAGACAGACCUGCAGAAAGGACUCGGUUCUCAUUCAAGAAUGUGGCCAUUCUAGUUGGGAGGAUUUCACUGCUGACUUGCGAUUUCCUUGGAGAGAGACUAGCCGGUGCACUCGGACUGAAUGCAGCCAAAUACCAGUACGCCAUAGAUCAGCAUCAUCGUAACAACAAGACAAUGAGCAGCCAAACCACAGAGAAUCUCGGGGAAGGACGGGUAGAGACGAUCCACCUCACUCCCGGACCGAAAGGAAGUCAUUAUGGAGCUACAGGAGACGAGAGACGCCUUGUGGAUUUGCAGGAGAGCUGCGAUGAUAAACAUACGGACAGAAAUGAAGGAUGUCACAACAAAGGCUAUCAAGCAGAUGAUGAUUAUUUGGAAUAAAACCAAAAGAAGAAAGGCAAUGAGGGUAGUGAUCUGAUGUGGAAGCAUUUGUUUAAAGUGAAGUGUGUAACAAAUGAUGUAACAAAAGACUUGUGGGGCUGUUUGGAGUAUGGUAAAGUUACUGCAAAAGUAUGUAAAAAAGAAAAUCACACUGACAAACAUGAAGAUUACAGUGUGUGGCUACUGCUAUAAAGGAUUUGUUUUUUACAAUAACCAAAAUAAAGUUGGCGACAGUUAUGCUGCAGUUGACAGUCUAGAAAGGAGACACCAUACCACACCAUAGUCAUAAAUACCAU